AUGAGCGAUCACUUUCCAACACCAAAGGGGGUUCACUACCUCCCAGCCCCUAUACUACCAUCAUCACCAACUACAGUAUCUGGUGACUGCAGUUCACCCUCAACAUCCUCCAACCUGUGGAACCGAGCCAGUACUGCCACCGACAACACCGAAUUUGAGGACCUUUACGAUGUUUCCGAGGAAGAUGAUGACGAUAACAUCCAGCGAGGUUUUGGGCUAUCGUCGGCAAGGAAGACUGCUCGCGGGCGCACCAUCAGCCAUCUUUUAUCAACGCAGCCUGCUCCUCUCAUGAUUCCAAUCAGACCUGAGGGCCGUGAAGAAACGUGGUCUGCAGUCGAUGAGCUCAAAAAAAUCACCUCGCCAAUGCCCAUCACCCCAUCUGUUCAGCUUUCUAUGCCACCGGAUCAAAUGGACUUUAUGGGGAAGCAGCAAUCCUUGGAACUCCCGACUGUUUCUGCACCUCCUUCCUUGGACGGCAGUCUCUCGUCUGAACAGCUAGCUGCCAUGAGCGCGCCGCCAACACCGGUAAUUGGUAAUGACGAGAAUGACACAGAGGAAAUCUGGGCCGGAAUACAGCUCCAGCCUGAUGCUCUCGCGACACUGCAAGCUCUCUCUGCUGGAGAAGACGACCUUCGGGAAGAUCAACUUCAGGUUAUCGAUGUAUCUAUGACCGCUUCUCGGCCGAUGCUCGAAAUGACGCAGCAGCCUCUAAGCUUGGUGACAAAUUUCGCAACUCGACCAGUCCACGGCGAAAUCCACUCCUCCGCACCCAGUCGACAGUCUCUCGCUGGUUUGACCUCGCUUGAUAUCCCGUCUCCCAGUGGCUUCUUUUUAGAGCUGUCGCCAAGGACCAGAAACACUUGGCAUCCGCCGGGCCAUUCUCCCCUUGAUAUGCCACCUCCAACUUCAACCACCGCAGAGCAGUUUUACCGAUGCCCAUGGAAUCUUGAUGCCACGGUGCCCCCGGCCCGCAAAUGCCCUGAUUCAGCAACGGGCUUUUACCAAAGUGGGAAUAUGUCGUCAGAGCCUGUCGAACAGGUUAUCGAGGUGAAAGACGACGAAAACGACGACCUCACUGACGACAUGCCCACGGCAAGACCAUUGGUUCCACUUGAGGGCUCGAACGGUUCUGCAGCGGCAGCCAAUUCACCUGCGUCACCCGAGGCUGAGGAAGUACCUAUUGAGAUUGUUAACGAUUAUGAGCCCAGUUACUUCCGGAAACAACAAAUGGAGGCGCUGUCCAAUCUAGGACGAACAGAGCUUUGGCUCAUGGCCCAGAGAGCCUAUCUAAAAGGCAUAGAUGGUGAUGAGGCGAUUCUCAAGACAAUCCAGGAUUCCCCGGAGGAAGAAGAUGAUGACUACGUAUCUAAGCAUCCAAUACCGGAAUCCGGAACUGAGCACAAUCCCGAGACGAAGAAGAAGACUGUGCGGUUUUCCAACAUCAUCCCGACCACUGUGCAGGCAAAGCAGUUACCUUCGAAAUUGUCACGGCGGGAGUCUGCCUACUACCGAGCUUUUCAACACUACAUUGUACGCACACAGCUCCAAGACGUGUUUGUGCAGCAGCUUUCGCGCUUCGAGGCUCUUCAGUCUCAACGAACAGCGCUCCGUGAGACUCAUCGCAACCAGCUUCUUGGAAAGUAUCAGCUGAGCGUUGUUCCACAGUCAGCCAAGAAGCGACUUAGCGCCAACGUAGCUCGUGGUGACCUUGUCCUUACCGAUGAUCUCGAGAAGCUGCGUGAGGAGAAGGAGUUUGAAGCCAUGAGCCAGAUGACCAUUCCGACCUGGCAUGUUGCCGCCCUCAAGUUCCUCAACGGGGGUAAGCUCAUCUCUGCACCAGUGACAAAGAGGCUGGCUCGAAUAUCGCAGCUACCUCGCGGCAGAGACGGCAUGGUUCUAGAACGAUCGAGAGUUUUGGAUCUCGGUGGCCAAUCCACGGGAGACUGGGCGUGGCACUGCGCACUUCAAUACCCCAACGCCAAGAUAUACACUGUAACCACGAAAACUAUUCGCCAACUAUCAAAUGCCAAUAUCCGCGGCCCCCCAAAUCACCGCCAGGUAGCUGUGGAGCGCUUGACCAAGCUUCCAUUUGCGGACGAUCAAUUUGACCUGAUUUCUGCCCGCGAACUUCAUGGCAUCCUCAAGUUUGUGGGCGAGAACGGGGAAGACGAGUGGGAGGGCUGCCUCCGAGAAUGCAUGCGGGUCUUGAAGCCUGGCGGGUACUUGGAGUUUUCCAUCUUGGAUUCGGACAUCAUCAAUGCUGGACCACUGGGUCGUGCCAAGAGCGUCGAGUUUGGCUUUACGCUAAAGACUCUGGGCUAUGACCCGAGCCCGUCGAAGCUCUGGCUCGGCCGACUAGCUCGAGCGGGAUUUGAUAACGUUCGCCGUGCCUGGCUUUGCCUGCCCAUUGGCGCCAAAGCAAAGAGGAUGACUCCGCCAAGUCAAGCUACGCAGGGUGACGUCGUCUCCUUCGAGGACGGGAAGUCGUGUCAGACGGAGGCCAUGGUCACGGGCAGCAGCGAUACUAUUGCCAAUGUUUGCAGCAUUGUGGGCGGGUGGAGCUGGGAACGAUGGCUUCUUCGAUGUGAGAUGGAAAAAGUGGCUGGCGAAAUGCGACUGGCAGAUACUGUCACGACGGGAGCGGCUAUGAGAGAGGCAGGGAAAUGCUUGGACGGUGUGCAUGCGGUAAUGGAGGAGGGGAGGACUUGCAAGGCUGGAGUCCGGAUGCUCAAUGGUUAUGCCAGGAAGCCCAGGGGCCGUAGCGAGGUGAUCCAGAUUGCGUUGGCACAGUAG